UGAGGCGCAAAAGAACCAGAAGGGCGCGGCCGCAUUUGCGGUUUUUUGCGCCCGCAAUCUUGGGCGAUCGGCCGUCUGGCAUCCAUCUGGAACCCAUCUGGAACCCAUCUGGCAUCUGCCCGGCACUUGGCCCCAUCUGCGAUCCCAGUACCCCUCUGCGACCCAUGCCAACUGGGCCGGCUCUCACCCCGGGGCUGUUUCCCCGCAGCAUCAAAGCCGGGACCGGCCAUGUCGUCGUCGGGCCGAUGCAAGACUCGAGCAUGUGGCUCCCUGAUCGGCACAGCGACACCGCCCAGCAGUCAGCGGGCUUCCAUCGGCUCUUCGACAUCCUGAGCGACCAGGGAUAUCUGCUCCUACGGGGGCUCCUCUCACCCACCAAGGUCGCAGCAGCCAGAGCCCGGAUCACUGACCACCUCGACCAGAGCGGAUUCUUGAAGCCUGGAGCGCCAAAGGACGAGGCCGCCAUCGACAUGGACCGCUAUCGCUCUGACAUGCUGCGGCCGGGGCUCUUGGAGCGACAGGAGCUUGCUCACCAAGAGCCCCUGCUCGAUUUAUUUGAGGACCCUAGGCUCUACUGGCUCUUCCAGGGGCUGUAUUUGGCAUGGGAUAGUGUCGCUCGGUCGGAAAGGGAAGGGCCGGAGCAGAUCUACCCCGAUCCAAAGAGGAGGCGACUGGACCUGGUGUCGGAGCAAGAGCCCUUUGAAGACAAUCGAGCAGCACAACGGGACGCAAGUCCAGGCAGUGACAAUGUCAACGAUAGCGAUAGCGAUGACGAUGCCGAUGAGGAGUGUGACGACGAUGAUGAUGAUAACGGUGGUGGAGAGCGUGACGACGAUGACGAUGCCGACGGUGAUGGCGAAGACAACGGUAGUUGCCGAGCACCUUGCGGACCGAGUGCAGAUAUCUCCACCGAGCCUCGCUGGGGCAUCAAAACGCUUCCGUUCAAGUGGCUCCGGGCUGUCGGACCCGAUCUCUUCACCGGCCCACAUCUGGAUCGAGUGUAUCUAUCCUCCCGCUCCCCGCGGCUUCUGACCGCCUGGAUCCCAUUGGGUGCCAUCGCGAUCGAGAUGGGCUCACUCAUGGUCGUUCCCGGCUCCAACUCGUCGCCACAGUUCCACCCGCUCAGGACCAACUACGGCGCAUCCUCGGUCGGAAAGGAUGGAACGGCAUCGGGAUGGAUAGCAUCCGAUCCAAACGAAAUCGAGGGCAAGACUGGACUGCCGCAGGACACGGUCCAGUGGCUGGGUGCGGACUACCAGCCAGGCGAUGUCUGCAUCAUCGGUCUGGAUGUGCUGCAUAUGACCUCCACCAACACCACAGACCGCUGGCGGAUCAGCUGCGAUACUCGCUGGUUCCCCGCUGGCGAUCCCUCGCCAUUCUAGGCGGCCGACCAAAGAGGCGUCUCGCGGCCGGUGCCGCGACUCUCACGCCUGUCGACCCUCGCACUUCUAUGAAAUGAAGCUUUUUGGAAUUGUAGAUGCGAUUCUGCGUCGCAGUUGUUCAGUCGCAGUUGACAUGGGCAAGGAACUAGGUGGGUACUGGGGCUGAUCUAGUACCUGGCAUUGGGACUCAAGCCACUGCCGACAGCGCACUGGUAACCGACUGUUUACAGGCGAUCCAAUAAAAAACGGGACACCCGGGAUUUUGACCAUUCAUCGAA